AUGGCUCGUAGCGCCACCCUGGUGCUGGUGGCCGCCGCCUGGAAGCGCGAGGAGAACCCCAGCUGCUGGACAGACGGUUACACGUACGAGCUAUGCUGCGGCCCCACCCCGCGGCCGGAUUGCUUCCCGGGAGCCAUCGCCCCUCACACCAGGGAACGCUGCUGCCAUAGCCCAUGUGGUCAGGCGUUGCGCGGCAGGAUCCAGCAGCUGUCACGCAGCCUUUGCCCCAGGCGGCAGCUGUCCAACACCACACUGGUGACCGGCCUCUGGAAUUUGCACAGGGAGGAGUGGCCCUCCCAUGAUCGAUACCAGGAGGGAGAUGGACAUUCGUUCCAGAAGUACUUCGCCUGGAUGAGCCACCUGCUGCAGAAGCCCCAGGCGCUGGUCGUCUUCGGGGAAGCCGAGACGCUGCGGUACGCCGCUUCUGUCAGACAAGCCCGUGGUCUCUCACUUCUCAGCUGCCUGGUGGAGGUCCCAAAGGAGGACUUACCUCAGAUGCGUUGGAAAGAGGAAUACGAGGAGGCACACGCGGAAAAUCGGCGCAAGCUUCCGGAAGACCAGCGCCCUGAAGUGAUCCAGCCAAAGUACACGCUGGUUGUGAACUCGAAGCCCGAGCUGCUGGCUUGUGUGGCUCAUUGGAACCCUUUCCGUUCCCAGACCUUUGCCUGGGUGGAUGCGGGUGCUGCAAGGGAAAGCAAGAUCGACUACGGCUUUCCAGGGGGCUCCAGGCCGAUCGUGUUACCCAGCUGCCCGCCCUGGAGCCUUUGCGUCGGACGGCGGAUGUGGAUAAUAUUCGACUUCCGCGACAAGCUCAAGCGCUUGGAGCACGGCACGACGUACGACUCCUCCGUGUUGCUAGGAGGGCGAGAAGGCGUGUUGCUCUAUGCCCUCUGGUUCCAAUGGGCCAUCGGACGCUACCUAGCCGAGAAGGUUAUGGACGAUGAGCAAAGCAUCAUCGCCGAGAUUUGGUGGGCGGGCAGCUUCCGGAUCGAAGGCCUCUACGGAAUGAGCUGGCCCGAAGUGCUCGCGCAGAUGCUCAUGGCAGACGCACCCGCCGGCACGGGCGGCACCGCCGAGUCGCUCCUGUACGCGAGCAGUCUUGGCCGUUGGUUUGGUGAGCAUCCGAGCUUGAUUUGGCGCAACACGGGCAAGUUCUGGGUACCAUUUGGAGAAAAUCUUGAGCUGCAGGAGACGAAGAUCGUCAACCAGCUGAACGAUGAGCACCUGGAGCGGAUCAUGUACGGAUAUGUCUGUGCCAACAAGCAGAUUCCGAGAUUGGUGGCUUCGUGUGAAAGCUACAAGCGCAAGAAGCUCGCGGUGACCACAGCAUCGCGCAGUGAGCUUGGCGGAACGAGGAAAUACAGCGGCGGCACCGACGAUCGCGUGCAAACUGCAGCGGCUUUCGUCACUCUCCUACGUGAGCUUGGAGAGGACGAGAAGGAAGUGACAUCCGUGCGGGACGGCCUUGCUCACUACAUGGAGUGCUUUGAG